AUGGUCCCGCCCCUCCCCCGUACGGUCAUCAUCGACUACUAUGAUUCGUACACCAACAACCUCCUCAUCCUCUUUACCCAGCUGUACUCGGAUGCAGAGGUCCUGCGCAAGGUCGUAGUCAUCAAGGCGGACAAGUAUGAUUGGACCACCUUCCAACGUGAUGUCAUCCCAAACAUUGACUGCGUGAUCUUGUCCCCCGGUCCAGGACGGCCUGACAAGCCCUCGGACAUUGGCUUUGCUCUUGAGCUCCUCCGCGCACACCCCGUUCCCAUCCUCGGCGUGUGCUUGGGCCACCAGGCGGUCGGCGUCGCGUUCGGCGGCAAGAUCAUCAACACCCCCAAGAUUACCCACGGCCACGUCGUUCGCGUUGCCCCCGUCGCGACCGCCUCGGGACUGUUCGCGUCCCCUCUUUUUCCCGACGAGGCCAAGAACGGGUUUGAUGCGGUCGUCUACAACUCGCUCGUCGUGGAUCCGACCACCCUUUCCUCUGACCUCGAGGUGACUGCCUGGUCCGACCCGAAGAACGGCAGCGAGCCCACCAUCCAAGGUCUCGCACACCGCUCGUUCCCCAUCUGGGGCGUCCAAUAUCACCCCGAGUCCAUCUCGUCCACUCGCGGCGCCGACCUCCUACACGCCUUCCUCGACAAGGUACACACAUUCCACUCUUCCCCGCCUGUUUUCCCCCGCCUCGAGCGCCAGCUUGUCCAAGCAUGCACCUACCGCGUGGCUUCGUCAGCGGCGCCGACGCGCACCACCUCGCCGACAGGUGACAGGCCGGCGCCGACUGCUCGCUUCUCGCUUCUCGAACACAAAUUUGGCGACCUCGGACGGGAUCGGGAGACGGCUGAGAUCUACGAGCGUAUUAUCCGCACCGACAGGGACAAGAUCGGCGAGGUGUGGCUCGAUGGAAAGAGUCCAUCUCGCCCCACCACCACAUCUCUUGCCGCGCCCAAGUUUGUUCUCACUUACACUCUUGCCACUCGCACUGUUCAGCUCUACGCCGGCUCCUCGCAGCCAGUGUCGCUCGUUCUGCCCUACGGCGAGACCUUCUGGUCAUGGUUUGACGCCGGACAGCAAGCCCUCGCGGCACGCGUCGACGGAGGUGCUGGCGGCUUCCGUGGCGGUUGGAUCGGCUGGUUCACCUACGAGAUGAAGGAGGAGAGUCUGGCAGGCUACAGGCGGCCGGCCAAGGCGGCCGGCGAACGUGUAGACGCUGUCUGGGCGUGGGCCGACCGCCUCAUCGAGCGCUCCGAGGAUGGCGAGUGGGCAGUGCGCGGUGUGGUCGCGGACAACGGCGUCAUUGGCGGUGCCGACAUGCUCAACUGGCUCCAGUCCCAAGGCGUUCGCUUCGGCACCCCCGCGGCCGAGUUUGAGAGCUACACGGCUGAUGUUCGUGACGUCCUUGCCUCGCCGGCUGUCUCGAGCGUCACUCCCGCAGAGCGUUUCCCGACCUUCCGCCCGCGCAUCGCUGGCGAGGAGCACAUGUCCCGCAUCGACGCGUGUCGCGAGGCUAUCCGCCAAGGCGAGAGCUACGAACUCAACCAGACCACCUCCUUCCUCGCUACGGCCGACUCGGACGCGUACAGCACGUACCUCCGCCUCCGUUCGUUCAACCCUGCCUACUACUCGACGUUCAUCUCCUUCCCUUGCAUCCCCACUCCAAAGGGGCUGGGGCUGCACGUCCUCUCAUCGUCGCCCGAGCGGUUCCUCCAGAUCCGCAAGGGCGAAAUUGAGAUGCGUCCCAUCAAGGGCACGCGUGCACGUGUGCGUCCGGGACAGUGUGUCUGCGUCCCCGGUGUUGGGUGUGAGGGCAAGGACGUGGGCAGUGAUGCGUGCAAGGCCGAGGCAGCGCGCGAGGAUACGGCUCGUGGAAAGGAGCUGAGCGAGGACCUUAAGGAGCGCGCCGAGAACCUCAUGAUCGUCGACCUCAUCCGCUCCGACCUCCUCUCGUGCUGCGUGCCCUCGACCGUCAAGGUGCCGCAACUCAUCGCUCUUGAGUCGUACGGCGUGCACAACCUCGUGACCACCGUGUCGGGUCAGCUGGCACCACAGAUCGGUGCCGUCGAGUCCGUCAAGCGGUGCUUCCCGCCCGGAUCCAUGACCGGAGCACCGAAGCUGCGUUCUGUCCAGAUCCUCGAUGGGUUUGAGGACCACCACCCGCGUGGAAUCUACUCUGGCGCUUUGGGAUACUUUUCCCUCUGUGGCAGUGCAGACUUGAGCGUGGUGAUCCGCACAAUGGUGCUGGAAGGCGACCAACUCAGUAUCGGCGCCGGCGGAGCAAUCACUUGGCUAUCGGAGAGGGAGGGCGAGUGGGCCGAAGUCCUCACAAAGGUGCAGUCGGUGGUUGGGCCGCUGCAGGGCUUGUAG